CUAGCCGCUUUCUCUUUCGCUCUCUUCCGACGGCGUUUACCAAUCUCUCUGUCUCGCAUUUUGCCAUUUUUCUCUCUCUCUUUCAGUCAGCACCUCUUCGCCCCCAUUUUUCUCACCUAAUAUUUCCCAGGAAAGUUACGGAGAAAAGAAAUUUCGUUUUCCUCUAAAUUGAUAUUUCGGAAACUCUAAAUUACUUCGAUUAUUGAGAUUUUAGAUGGAUUUUGCCCCUUAUGCAUCACUUACAACGAUUCUUUAGUCAUAGAAGCGCCAUGGAUUCGAAGAGGAGAAGAAGAAAACCGAGACUCGAACGCCGCAAUGCUGCGAAGCACAUCGACUACGAUGCAGCGUCGUUUUCUUCGUCUCUCGAUGAUUCCUCUUCAUCUUCUUCUCUAAUCACGCGAUCGCUCGAUUUAACCGAUAAAACCAGCUUCCGUAUCCAAGGAACCGAGGGAGAGUUCGACCUAAUUUGUCGGCGCUUGGGCCUUACUGGACCUGAGGAUUUUUCCAUCCCAGCCGCCGCUUGGGAGGCCCGUAAAAUCCAAUCGUCAUCAGAUCUUCUGCCUCGGUCCAGAUUAAACCGGUUGGAUAGUCCGAAAGACGAGACAGCCAAGGUAAAAGAAGGCACUGAAGUAACAGUUGCUGAAUUGUCUGAUAUGGUUUUGGCUACUGGGUUGACUGAGGAUGACUCGGCUGAGUUAAAGUUAAGCGAGUCCUGCUUUUCUGAUAGAAUUGUGGUGGAUGCUACUACUGCAACCGAGUUGAAGUCAAACGCAUGUUGCGUUCCGAAUUUUGUCGGUGGAGGAGGGAAUAAUGGAAUUAAAGGGGUUAGGCCACCGGUUUUAAAGCCGCCGCCAGCGGUGAUGAAGCUACCGGUGAUCGAUAACACGUGCUCAACUUGGGAUCUGUUUAGAGAUUUCGGCCCCGGAGACGAUAGAGUGUGUGUGGUUCCGGUUCACUUACAUUCGUCUUCCGAUGAAGAAGAUAAAGGAGAGGAGGGUGGGGGUAAUGAAGAAAAUUCUAAGGAGGAGGAGAAUUUAAUGAGAAUAGGAGAGACUGCGGUGCUUUCAGAGUCGUGGUCGUUUACGACUUCGAAUGAUGAUGAUUCUUCUAGUAGUACAACGGAGCCUAUGUCUAAUAUUUCCCCUAAUGGUAGGUUCAAAAGGACAAUUACAUAUUGGGAGAAAGGUGAGCUUCUGGGGCGUGGAUCAUUUGGAUCGGUUUUUGAAGGGAUUUCUGACGAUGGAUUCUUUUUUGCUGUGAAGGAAGUUUCAUUGCUUGAUCAGGGAAGUCAGGGGAAGCAAAGUAUUAUUCAACUUGAACAGGAGAUUGCUCUUUUAAGUCAGUUUGAACAUGAAAAUAUAGUUCAGUAUUAUGGCACAGACAAGGAUGAAUCAAAAUUAUACAUCUUUCUUGAGCUUGUAACUAAGGGCUCCCUUUUAAAUCUAUAUCAGAGGUAUCAUCUCAGGGAUUCUCAAGUCUCUGCAUAUACGAGACAGAUUCUCUAUGGGUUGAAGUAUCUUCAUGACCGAAAUGUGGUUCACAGGGAUGUUAAGUGUGCAAACAUAUUGGUGGAUGCAAGCGGAUCAGUAAAACUUGCUGAUUUUGGGUUGGCAAAGGCGACCAAGUUGAAUGAUGUUAAAUCAUGCAAAGGGACAGCAUUCUGGAUGGCCCCUGAGGUUGUCAACCAGAAAGGUCAAGGGUAUGGACUUCCUGCUGAUAUAUGGAGCCUUGGUUGUACUGUGUUGGAGAUGUUAACCCGUCAGAUUCCAUACUCUCAUUUGGAAUGUAUGCAGGCAUUGUUUAGAAUUGGCAGAGGUGAGCCACCACCGGUUCCUGAUUCUUUGUCAAAAGAUGCACGAGAUUUUAUCUUGCAAUGCAUACAAGUCAAUCCAGAUGCUCGGCCAACUGCUGCUAAACUCUUACAGCAUCCAUUUGUGAAGAGGCCUCUUCCAAUGCACUCAGGCUCAGCAUCUCCUCAUCUUGGCCGGCGGUUUUGAAUGUUUAGCCUUGAAUUAAAUUGGAACAAGUAAUCGGCUCUGUCCAUCAUGAGUAAGAAAACAAGUCUGCCUCCUCAAGCUCUAGGCUAUCCUUAGUUUUGGCUCUAAAGGCUCAAGAGUCUGAAAUUUGUUGGUUUAAAACAAUUCCGAAGCAUUGCUAUGGCCUAAUGGCCCUGCCAUAGAUCUGAAUUUCCAUGAUCCCGCCAUGAUGCUGUACAGAGCAGAACUUCUCUUAAUCUUAAGUUAUUUGUUGUCAUAUUUUUUGUCUGUUGUGGAAUUUUGAUUUAGCCUGUUUUUUUAUUGGGUGAAACAUUGUAGGGCAAGCUGUAGAAGAGAAUUGUUGUAACAACGAGAAAGGAUGCAGUCUCUGUACAGUUGAAUCUCAUUAUUGAUGCAAAUGAAUAGUAGUUUGUUUAUGUAUGUUGCAUACAAUCAAGUUGUGUUUUUAUUCUUUGCUUUUCUUUUGAAAAUUCUCCGUCAGAAAAGAAAAUAAACUUGAUCAAAUAUCUGAUUCACAUUACUGCAUUAGGUUGAUGAGUCCAACUGGCGGCGGAGUGGGUCCAGACUCCAUACCAGAGGCAGUUCGAAGCUUCUGGUUUUUGCCAAAAGGCCCAAACUCUGGGCGUGAUAGGUUUCAAUUUCAGAACAAGACAAACAAUAAAAAUAAAAUUAAAAAUAAAAGAGACGUGCGUUAAUAUGAAUUGGUUAACAUAAUUCGUUUGGUAUAUUACAAAAGAAAUAGUAGUAGUAGAUUGGCAGGUCAAGAAACUUAAUCCAUAAAUUCUCGACUGAGCUCGACAAGUGAAGAAUCUUUUAGCUUUGUUUUGCAUCGACUCUUCAAAUUUGAAAAAAAAAGGGGGGGGGAAUUUGUCGCAUUU